UACAAGACGAGCAUAGUGAACAUUUUUUUUUACCUCUUAACCUCUCCUGCUGCUUUUAUAAAUGAAUCAAGAACCAAAAGAUGAUGUCCUCGGUAAUCUUUUCCGUUCUAUUUCUUUGGCUCACUCGCAUUUAGCUCUCCAGAAAGAAGAAUUAGUAGCUCAGAAUAGUUUUGUUAAAAAUUCUUUUAACAAGUUGUCUGAAAUGUUUAAUGAACUCGAUGAAAUUCUUAAAAAGCAGAACCAAGCGAUUAAAUUUUUCUCGGGCAAUGAGAAUAAAGGAAGGAUGACUCGGUUUGAUCACCCUUCGAAUCAUAACGACCAAUCAAAUGAAGUUGAUUUAACAACUGACGAAUCAAUUAUUAAUACUAUCGAGCCAUUAUUAAAAGAACACGACGAACGAAUUGAGGAGCUGUGCAGUUCUGUAGAACUUUUAAAACUUCACUUACAAAACUCAUAA